AUGUUUGAAGUGGACGAGGAGGUGGCGAACGAAAGCGUCACGAUCAAGAACAUGAUUGAGGGCGAGUACACCGGCACGGACGAGGUCAUCCCCCUGCCCAACGUCAACGGCAAGAUCCUGGCCAAGGUGAUCGAGUACAGCCGCUAUCACGUGGAGGCGGCCAAGAAAGGCGCCGACGACAAGCCCGCCAAGAGCGAGGACGACGUGAAGCAGUGGGACACAGAGUUUGUCAAAGUGGACCAGGCAACACUGUUCGACCUCAUCCUGGCGGCCAACUACCUGAACAUCAAGGGCCUGCUUGACCUCACUUGCCAGACCGUGGCCAACAUGAUCAAGGGCAAGACCCCGGAGGAGAUCCGCAAGACGUUCAACAUCAAGAACGACUUCACGCCUGAGGAGGAGGAGGAGGUGCGGCGAGAGAACCAGUGGGCUUUUGACUAA